AUGGCGAGCAAGGCGGCUUUCAAGCGUUUGACUCGCGAAUACAAGACGAUAUCGGAGAACCCUCCCCCGUACAUUACGGCGCACCCAUCCGAAUCCAAUAUUCUUGAGUGGCACUAUGUCAUCACAGGCCCAGAAGACACACCGUAUCACGGUGGCCAGUACUGGGGUACUUUAAUAUUCCCGCCCAACUACCCGUUCGCUCCGCCGGCCAUCCGAAUGCACACACCGUCUGGGCGAUUCCAGCCGUCGACGCGACUCUGCCUAUCGAUAUCCGACUUUCAUCCCAAAUCCUUUAACCCUGCCUGGGAGGUGUCGACAAUCCUCAUCGGCCUACUCUCCUUUAUGACGAGCGAUGAGAUGACUACUGGUUCCGUCUCAACGAAUGUCGUGGAGAAGAAGUUCCACGCCUCGCGAUCACGAUGGUGGAAUUCGACGGGAGGCGGCUCGCUCGCCAAGAACCCGGCCAACAAGGGCAACGUCAAGGUGGGCGAUGGCGGCGCCAAGUUCCGAGCGGAGUGGCCGCAGGUGGACGCGGAAAACUGGGAGUGGAUGAAGAGCCAUAAGGUUGAUGCCAUCACGGGAAAUCGCGUUGGUGGCGAUAGUGGCGCAUCGUGCGGCCCUCAACUGGGCAUUGCCGGGACGAGUGGUCAUCAGGCGCAAGCCGUGGUCGAUGCCGUGGUGCAACAAAGAGACGCCGGUCGGGGUUGGAUAUACCGUAACAAAUUGGUCGUCGCGGGCACUGCCAUAUUCCUAUACGUCCUUGUAGCAAGAUUGAUGAGCGGCGAAGGAGGCCUUGUUUAG